AUGGAGGAACUUCAGGUCCAAGAUUUAGUCAAUGAACACUUAGUUGAGUAUUAUGAUGAUAUUGAUGAACUGGCUUUGUACCAAGAGUACCAGGAGAUGGAAAAAUAUGGCCGCUUUUUCUACUUGUUCAAGUCUUGUGCUGGGCCAACAACAUUUCAAACUGUCGAGCUUGUGGGACCGCUUAUUGCUAUGUGUGUUAUCCUGCGAAUUGUAUCACUCCUAAAACUGCCAAGGCUUAUCGUGCACUUUGUUUCAUUUGUCUGUGGGAUUGCAGCGCUCUUUCUAUUCGUUAAGAAGAACGCCCUUUAUCCUUUGACUUUGUGCUGUCUGAGUUACCCAGUCCUUUUUGUGAGAAAUGGAAAGCGUGGAAUUGUCAUGGCGUGCACGUCGGUGGCCUUUUUAAUUACAUGGUAUGGUUUGCAUGCGAUUGUUUUACACACAGUGAUGGCAUGACUCCAGUCCUCCUUACACCCCCACCCCUCCUCCCUAGAAAAUCACCUCAAUGUCUACAGUAGUAGACAUUGUGGAUUCUGCCGGUGCAUGGCCUCCUUGCUUACCUCACAGACCUUACCUUUGGCACAGUUGGACCAGACAUUGUACAGUUUUCACCCACAACAGUGCAUAAACAGUCUGAAUUGUAGACACCAUUGGUACUCAAGCUACAUGUACAUAUAAUAAUAUUAUUUACCCACACCUUGUGGAUUUGUUGGGCUGGAGGGACGGAUGACUGACAUUUCAGACUAUACACAUUACAAUAACAACAUCUAUGUAAAACAAGAUGAAGAGGUCAUGUUUGUGUCAAACAAUAAUUAUUAUUGAUGGAUCUACAAUCUGUGAUCCCUCAUGCUUGUGUAUGUUUCCAAGGGACCAAGUAUUUGCAGCAGUAAUUGAUACAAAUUUACAUCAUUCCACUUAUGGUCAUUCGAGAAUAUUGAUUAUCCAUGUUGAUGGUUGAUCAGGCCCCAGUUGUUCAAAAGGUAGAUAGCCCAAUCCACUGGAUAAAUCACCAUCCAGUGGAUAGCGCAAUUAGUUUUUGUGAUGCGUAUCCAUUGGAUAGCAAUUUACCGGUGGAUAGCACUAUCCAACUUUGGAACAACCGGGGCAGGACUAGGAAUUGAACGGGUGCAUUGAACAAACCCUUAGUGAUUCUUGAGGUGUUGAAUGUCAAAUACAUGUAAAUCUGCUGAAUUUGUUUCACAAGCAAGUACAGGUGAAAGUCCAAACAUGCACAUGCAUACAAUGAAGAGGUAUCUGGGAUAAAAAAUGGAAAUAGCAAAAACAUGUUGUCUGUAAGUGCUUCAAGUUGAAACACUAAGCCUAAAUGCUCCCAAUUACUAGAAGAUGUUUCUGGUAGACAGUUUUCUUGAAAAUUUCCUAGCAUGAGGAUUAUGGGCUGUGUCAUUUAAAAUUAAGAUUAACUUUUAUGUUGACUUUUCUACAGUGAACUUUUCAUUGUUACAGCUGAAAACUGGCACCAGGUUCGAGGUAUGUUUUCUUCAUGGCUACAUUUUCCCUAAUAAUGGGCAGUGCAGGUUGCUUUCAAUCACUAUUUUGGGUGGUUGAUGUUUGGUAUCCCAGGGGCUCACGCUUAGGCGGCCCUUAAUAAUUUCUCUUCUUUGUCACCACUAUAACAUAUUUUGCGACACAAAUAACUUACCUUGUAUUAUUUUAAAUGAUGUUUUUAGGUUCACAGAUGGUACUGGUAAUGAAGCUAAUUUCUUUGGCAUUUGAUGUGGAUAAAGGGGUGAUAACACGACCAAAUAUUCUGGAGUAUUUUGGCUACACUCUUUCAGUUAGUUCAGUUGUGUUUGGACCUUUCAUGACAUACACAGAUUACUGCCAAAUCCUUGUUGGAAAACCAUUGGUAAGGAAAUGAGUUGAAAUUAGACUUGUAAACUUAGGUGAAUAUAAUGCUUAUACAGUGGUUAAUCCAAUGAAGGUUUUGUCAACGUCACAGGUUUGAUAAACCUCCUCUCUUUCAUAAAGCCUUCGUCUUGUCUGAUCUAGCCAGUGCGGUCUUAAAGAGAAAAGAAAGACUCUGCCAAUACUUCUUGUCCUACCCCAGAGUAGUGGGGCGAUAAUUGAGGCUUGUGUUAUUUGUUUGCUUAACCUGAAGUCGCUUAUUACCUGCCACAGGGCUGUGUCCCCCCUUAUUACAGUAUGCCAUCCUGUUGUUUGUUUAACUGCCUAUCUUAUUUAGUUGUAUGACUUUUCAUGAGGUUUUUAGAAAGCUCAUAGUGACAUUAAACAGUUCUUAAUAAUGCAGUCUCCUGGCAUGCCCAUUAGAUUGUCUCCUUUCUUGCAUUUUAGAGUUUUUCAUGGUUUGUUGGAGUAAUUAGAAGCUGUGUUAUCUCCUAUUGUUGCCUGAUUAUAUCAGCUUGCAUUUCUCCUUGGAUUUUUGAAGAGGAUGCAUUCAAGUGAGUCCCUCAAUCAUUAUUAAAAUCAGGUAUAUGGUCAAAACUUUUCCCAGAAAGAAGGUAUACUGGUACUACCCUACCAGAGCUACCCUUGGCCAGCCAACUUUCCUUACAUCUCCUUUUCAAACUUGGCAAACUGUUUACAGGAGAAACAUAAAGUUGGCUUGGUUAGACCAGGUCAACCUUUUUUGGGGGCCAACACUUUGGCUCACCCGGCCACGUCAACUUGGUCAAGGCGAGACAAUAAAGAGGAUGCAUAAGCUCUGUUUUAGACAAUCAGACCAUGUACGUGCGAGCGCUGUUGGUUCAGGCAAAGAGGAUGAAACUUUCUUCCCAUAUAAACACUCACUAAUGUCGACUUGGAUGGAAGGGUGACCCUCUUUCUCAUGACAACUUUUCUCCAUUUAAAUGGGGCCUUAGUCAUCUUUGUUUUUGCCAAGCGUUAAAGUGGAUCACCUUUUUAGAGUCAAAAGACCUUGUCACACAGCUACCAUUUAGCAUAAAGAACAAAACCUAGGACUAGUUUCUAGUGUCUAAAGUCUAGGAAUAGUUCAAGAAAGUCAAACUAAGUCAGACUGUUUAUUGUUUGUUUGGUCUCACUGUUUCAAUAAUUCCCCUGGUUUGACCUCUUACUGCUGGUUUUCUUGAAACAGGAAAUGGAGUCACCUGUCUUAAUUUGAAGGAAUAUACGUAAUCUUGACUUUGAUGUCCCAUUGUUUUUAGAAUAAAGGUUGCCUUUUUCAGCCAAGAUAACAAUUGCUUUGAAGGUGAACAUCAUCUUCACAUUAGAAUGAAUAAUCUAAGUGAUUGAUAGCCUGUUCCAGGCGUUCAGAUAGUGGGGAGCGGUGCAAAGUGAAAAGGAGCACGAAAAAAAUAAAAGUGAGGGAGGGGGAGAGGUGAGAGAGGGAGUUCCCUCACCUCUCUCCCCAGUCACCCUCUACUUUUUAUCGCUUUCUUUACUUCACACUGCUCUCCACUAUGUGAACGCUUGGAACAGGCUAAGUGAUUGAAUAACAACCAGAAAAAUUCAGGCUUGACCAGAAACGAACCCUGACCUUUGCAAUGACCAGACGCAACGCUCUAUAUGUAUCUAUGUAUUGUGCUGAAUCAAGCCAACUGGAGAGCAGGCCAUUGUGAGUUCGUAUAAUACCCCAUGGUGGAAAUGACGGGAAUUGAAAUAUAUGAAAUAAAUCAUAUUUUGAACUGCGGGUAAAGAUAUGAAAGUGAAAUGAUGAUCCUCGUAGUUGAAUGAACAAUCUGUGCGGUUGAAAAAGAAUCUGAAAAUCUUCACUGCGAAGAUCAUGUUCACUUUCAUGUCUUUAUCGGCAGUUCUUAAACUAAUUAAUAAUUCAUAAAGAAAAUACUAAAGGAAAUUAAUGUUCAAUGAGUGUUUGGAAAUCAGUUGAAAAACUGCUCAGUUUUGUGUCCUUAAUUUCUCCUUCUGAAAUCAUUUUGUUUGAGAAGCAAUAUCAAGCAUUUGACACAGUGUUUCAUCACCAGAUGAAACACCUUGAAGUUUGUCAAAAAUACUCCGCUGCGUGUUGUAUUUUCAACUCUCUUCUUGGUGUUUCAUCUGGUGAUGAAAAACAGCAUCUCGUGCUUGAUAUAUUACUUCAAAAUAUGAUUCAUUUCAUAUUAUUUCAAUUCACAAUCAUUAUUUCAAGUCUGUUUUAUUGUUUAUAUCUCUUCUCAGAUGGUUUGUGGCAUACCAGUCUGCCAUGUCCUUCAGGUUCAGCCAUUACUUUGUGAGUUUCCUGUCUGAAUGUACCAGUUUAUUAAGUGGCAUCGGAACUGAGGUUAAUCAAGAAGGAAAGCAACUAAGUAUCUGGUAAUAAUGGUUAUUCCACUUGUUUUACAAACUCUGAAAAGUCCAUAACACUUGUCUUUUGAUUUUUCAUGUCAUCACAUGUCAUUGUUAGCAGUCUUGAUGAGCAGGAUUGAUUACAGUGAUUCUAUAUUAAUAUAUUAUUUGAAUUCCCUAAAAAAAAAACUUCACUUAUCCAUCCGGCAAGUUAAUAAUGGUAAUUAUGGUAAUUGAACUGAGUGGAGUGCGAUUAAUUGGUCUGAAAUCAUAUACACGACUUUAAAAUCAAACAAGGGCACAGCACAAGUUCAAUUUAAAGCACAAGUAUGAUUUCAGACCAAAAUUGCAUGACACGAAGUUCAAUCACCACUUUAUUACAGCCACUUUGAAAUUACGGAAUUCAGUCAGUACCAAUAUUUAUUUGAUCUAGUAGCUGGUUUGUUAAAAAGCGGAGACAAAAAGGCUUUUACAUCUUGUUUCGUACCCGAUACAGAAAUGGUGCAAAAAAGAGUGAAAAUGGUGAGAUUUAAAACAGAAAUGACGCAAUUUAAUUUAAAACAGAUGUGAUUUAAAGCAAAAAAAAUCGUGAUUCGUGAAUAAAUCACACAGCUGAGUAGCCUGCAGAGCAGGCAUUGUUUAGCAGAAACUCAGACUUACAUUGAUUGCAGCUGCCAUCUUGAAAAGCAAAGGGAAAAAGUAAGGGAGGAGGGGCGAGACAGGGGGGAGAAGCAGUCCCCUCCCCUCCCCCUCCUUAGCCUGCGUAGCAGUGUUUCCGCGCGAGUUUGUCAAGGAAAGUUGGGAUGAGAGCAAAAAAAAAGAAAUGACGGGGGAGGGGAAAGGAGGAAAUGCUUGCCCGCAAACCCACAAUUUUGAAAAACUGAGUUCGCCCACAAACACAGUUUCUGAUUGGUGCAGUGCUAGUAGUGUUGAUUACUUAGCACUCGAAACAUCAAUCAAACCAGGUAUGCUUUGUUUACAUGCGUCACAGAUCUGGUCUUAUUUGAUUUGUGGUUGCAGAUUACAAUUGCUUUGGACUGAUUUGAAUUGUGUUUGUGCAAAGGUUUAUGAGAUCAGAGUCUUUAAAGUAUAAUGGGAGAUUGAGCUGUGGAGACUAGGGAAGGCCAAUUUACUGGGAAUGACAGUGUGCAGAUCUGACAGGAAAAAAUGGACUAUUAGUUGGAGACAACAUCAACGUAAAUCAGAACAUCGGUACUCGACACUAGCUAUUAUAAAGCUGCCAUGGACAAGCGAUUUGUCAGCUUUUUGAAAUGAAAAGACUCUUUUUGUUUAUUGGAAAUUUAGCGGCAUGUAUUGUAGAGAACGUUUAGACAUGGGCUGAAGAGCAGCCGCUCUGCAAAACUUAGCCGGCGGAGUGAAUUGUUCCGGACAAAUCAUUUUUGAUGUUUCAACAAGGUUUCAGACGAGAUAAAGCCACACAAUAAAAUACAAGAAAUUCCGCAGUUUUAACCUUCUUUUAUCAUAAACCUUUUUUAUUACAGUUUUUGCAAUUGCCUGGAAUGUGUUCUAUUAGCUAGAAAACAAAGUAAUUUUGCAAAUCUGGAAAUCCAGGGUAGGAAUCUGUUCGUUGUACUUCUAUUUUGACAAGCUGUCAAUUUACAAAUGAACCAAACCAUGAAAUAUCAAGGGGUGUUUUCCAGAAUCGUGGGGUUUGCGGGCAAGCGUUUCCUCUUCUUCCUCCCCCCACCCCUUUUUUUUUGCUCCCACUCUAACUUUUGUGCCAUAACUCGAUUGGAAAAACUUGCUACGCAGGCUACCCCCUCCUUUAUUUUAAACCUAUCAACCUCUCCCUUAAAAUAAGUUUUGGACACAUCCCAACUCUGGUAGUAUUAAUGUCCAAGAUGGCAGGAUAACGUUAUUCCCGAAAAAAAAAAUCAUGGAUCGCACUGCAAUAUAUGCCUGCUUUGCAGGCCAACUGCUGAGAGCCAAUCAGAUUGCAGGGAUCACCAGUGAUUUCAAAAUGUAAAGAACAGAAUUCACUAGCAUGAUAGCAAAAUCAAUUAGCCCCAGGCUACAGGACACUACUUAAUAUUUGCACACUACUAUAAAGUCAUAUUGUCAUCUCAAAAUUUAAUUUUUUAAGAUUAGUUAUUUGCUUUUAUAGUAAACAAAAAGGAUAUUAAAUAAUAGUAAUUAUUAUUGUUAUUAGUUGUCAAGCAGCUAUCUACCUCUUUCCUAAUCAUCUGUCAAACAGUGAUUAAUAACCUGUUACUAACUGUUUGUACUAACUGUUAGGAGGUCAGAUGUUGCAAGGCCACAGCACAUUGAGCUUCCCCGCUCCUUGGUCGAGGUUGUUGUACACUGGAAUAUUCCAAUGCAUGUAUUUCUAAAAAAUUGUAAGUUUAUAUUCUAACUGUUUUUAUAUAUAUAUAUAUAUUGAAAUUAGUCGUAUAAACAUAACAACUUUCUUUAAUUUUCCAGACAUGUUUCGACGGUACAUUUGUCAUCUUCAGUGUUACAUAUUUUGAAAUCGCUGUUGAAUUUAAAGCGCGCGCGAUCUUGCAAAGUUCGUUACAUAGCGUUGUCAAUAUUGCGUACUAAAACAAAGUUAAAUGAGUGACGCUUAGUUCUUUACAGGGAGAGAGUCAGGUUAAUGUGUUUCACCUGCUGGUUGAGAUCGGGCUUCUCCCAUUUUAUAAACAUGGAUUCCUUAAGCUUCACUUGGUACUUAGUGGUUGCAGAGUCCAGGAUCUCGAAGCAAUCCGGUGUGCAGUAUGCUCUACACAACUCUGAACCCUGCAGAUGUUUAAAAAUGUUCGAAGACCUGUCUGAAAGUAAGUGCUCACGCACUCGUGUGGAGAAGUGUCGGCUAGCUGGUUUCACCAACAUAACAAGCAUUACAACUUGCACACGAAAAUUUAUAGACCACACGCAUGCAUAGCCCCUCACGCGAAGAACUAAGCGUCACUCAUUUAACUUUGUUUUAGUACGCAAUAUUGACAACGCAAUGUAACGAACUUUGUAAGAUCGCGCGCGCUUUAAAUUCAACGGCGAUUUCAAAAUAUGUAACACUGAAGAUGACAGAUGUACCGUCGAAACAUGUCUGGAAAAUUAAAGAAAGUUGUCAUGUUUAUACGACUAUCUAUAUUGUUGCUGCUUUCUAGACAUAUUGAAAUUACUAAUAAAGUGAAUUGCUAUCUAGAGCUGUGCAUUAAUGUGUCCCAGCUGCUGCUUAUUAUUGUUUUACUUGUUUAAAAGGAUAGCCACUCAGAACCCAUAUAAGAUUAUAAAAAGAUGAAACUUUUAAAGUGGGUGUUUCUCAUUAUCCACUGAACAGGUGGCAAGAGUUCUCUUCAUGUCCCCAGAGAUAAGUCCACACAUGGUUUUAAUAAUAAUAUUGCCCAAUGUGGUCAUUCUGAUAUUUACAUGUACACAUUACUGUUCAAGUGGUCUCCAGUCUAAUCCAGUCAGCAUGUAAUUGUUAGUAACACUAAAUGCAUUGCAAGAACUGAUAUUACUGGACCAUUUUGAGAUUAUAAGAACCACAAUGCAGGAUAUUGUUUAGCACAUGAACUUAGGUUAGUGGCCUUUGUUCCCACAAGUCUCCCAUGAGUCUUCUUUAGCUCAGUGGUAGGGCAUCUGGAAUUAAUAGGUAACCAGUCAAGGUGGUACAUGCACGUAAGUUCGAUUCCUAUUUGGAGUACUGGGAUUUUUUCUACCCAGCUGCCUGCGUCAAUGGUUGGAAAAUCAUCUUUCUCUUGUAUUCAUCAGGCUCAAAAUUCACCAUCACAUCUCUUUUAAGUAAUGAGUCUACCUUAAUUAUUGUUUAGAUGUGUUCAAGAAAGCUCAACCGCUUGGAAGAUUUACAGCUGUCUUUUUGACCUUUGCAUUAAGCUCUUUGCUUCAUGUAAGUAAAAGAAGAAUUAUACAUGUACCUGUGUGGGUAUAAACUAUCAAAAACAACCUCUCAAAUAGUAAAUGGUUCUUUGUGUACCUUUCCAGAGCUAAUUAUUUAAUUCACAAUAAUUCUUGUUAUAAUGUUAACAUAAAUUAAAGUACUUUUCAAAGGAAGAUCCCAGCAAUCUCUGUGAUUCCACUUUUACUUUUAUCGAACUUAAUGAGACACAAAAGUACCUCCAGGUCUUAUGGGAUGUUUUAUAAUUGUUAAAUAAUUAUUUUGAUCUCUGCCUGCCAGGUAGGAUAGGGUUAAACAACUCUUACUCUUUUUUUACCUAUGCCCGUCAGUGAGACCUUAUUAUUAAUAAAAAUAGAAUAUUUGCCGUUGACAUGUUUUUGCUUUCAUCAUAUAAUUACAAAUUACAAAAUUAUUAUUUAAACCAGUAGAUAACCCAAAGUAAAAGCUCUCAUGACUGUCCUUUUUGUCUUUUAGGGUAUUAAUUUUCAACUUGCUGCAGUUUUGAUUUCAAUAGGAACAUAUGCCUAUAUUGAACAUGGUGAGUCAGCCAAAUCUUUCCUCACUUUGAUACACAAUGUCUUCACUAGAUUUAACAGUCCAAAAUGCAUUGAAAUACAUAUAAUUUAGGAAAAGAUAGAAUAUUUUUUAGGGCUCGAUAUCUAAUGUUUCCUCCUGAGAAACCAUUGUGAAAAAAGGAUGUACAAUUUUUUUGUUUUUGAAACUGAAGAGGUAUUUAGUGACAUAAUAUUAUGUACUACAGGUCAAAACUAAAUUCAGGUUGAAAUUUUUUUUUAUCUAGGUUGAUUCUCAAUUUCCUUUGUCCCUUAGCCCUAAAUCAUGUAUAAUCACCAGGGCUAGGAGACAAGCAAGAAAUUGAGAAUCAACCUACAUUGUAGGUUAAAAAAUUUUAAAUUUGACCUGUAACAUAUGCUAUAAUAAUAUUAAAAUUACGUUUACAUGUACACGUAAUAAGUUCACAAGGAUCGACCUUCUUAAAUUUAAAUCAUGAUAAUUUUUAUUGAUGUCCUUUUCUCAUUUCUUUUGGUUGAUUUAUAUGCUUAUAAUUGAAUAUCAUCAAAUUUGAUGUCUUGUUGCUUUAUUUGGUGUGAGCGCAAAUUUAUGUAGAAUCAUGCACUGGGUAAUUUGUAUGACUGGAAAGACCUAGCUUGUUCCAGGGGUUCAGAUUAUAGUGGGUCAAGUGAGGAGCGAAGUCAGAAGGUGGGAAAAAAAUAAGGAGGAGUUUUUCCUGCUCACUUCUCCUUGCCCUGUCCCCACCAUCAAGUGUGUUUUUCAUUCAAGAAAAGGUAGCUUUCAUUCAGGUUCCUAUUAUCAGCCACACAACUUACAAGCAGUGAACAAACAUACAUUUGAACGAGAACAAAUUAUGUGUAAACCUCCAAAGACCCAUGAAGAAUUGACUGAAAUACAGCGAUUGCAUAACUAAAGCAUAACUAAAAACCAGUGGGCCUUUACAUUUUCAGUCAGAUUUUAUGAUAUGUUAUUUGUUUAAGACAUCAUAAGCACUCUAGUUACUUCUUCUUUCGGGGAGAAAAGUAGCCGACGUCUCUGAGCAAAAUAACCGACACAUUUUGUCAGUUGUGGGUGCUUAUUCAAACCCCUGGAAAUGGCAGGAAAAAUAUAAUUACAUGUAACGGCUUGUCCAUCUGUUCUUCUUUGUCAAAUUGUCACUGUUUUUAAUCACUAACUAGAAAUUACUUGUUAUUUUUUUUUAAGUGUUUCGUUUAAAGGUUGGAAAAAUUUUCAGUGCCUGUAUACUGGCACGAAAAUGCCGGCCUGAAUGUGGACAUGUGUACAAAGAGGUGAGUAACAAAAUAAUUAAUGCAUGCCAACUAUUUUUUUUUUAAACAAUGUCACAUACAAUUGCCCAUGGUCUCUAUGGAGGGUUACAAACAGCUAACCUGCGUCGCAGACACUCUGGACGAUGCGUACGCCAGCUGCAACACAGGCUAACAAACAGCUAAACAAGUAAUCGCUCAAGACAUCAAAUUUCCUUGAUUUUUUUCUUUCAAUGACCUUACAAUGCAUAUGUUAAAGACCCAAAACACUGCAUUACAUUACAUUUUUAUUAUUGCAGCACCACAUUUCAUCACGGUACUUAUAAAUUCACAAUAUCCUUUCAACUUUGCAUGUGCAUAAGGACUGAUGAUAUAACAGCAAUGUGAUAGUUCCUCAUCAGGGGACAAGCAGUAGAUGUUACUUGUAUUUAAACACAAGUUAUCUUGAUUGAGUUUGUUAAUUCUAGAAAACAAAACUGAAGAACUGGUUUGCAAUGUUAAAGAAAAUAGUGGAAUAUUAACAUUAAAAAGUGUGUAUAGUUACAUAAGUGUUAGUUCUAUUAAAAUAUUUUAAAGGGAAAUAUAUGCUCUAAGCUUGUACUUCUUGCUAACUGCUACAAGAAAAGCAGUGAGGGGUUAGAGGGUGUGGCUUGAGACACUUAAAUUUAUACAUGUAGAUAUUUUGUGCUACUGCACUGACAAAAUACUGAUUUGGUACGUUUCUUUCAGGGCAACUUUUGGCUAACGGCUGCAAAUCUUGGCUUUAGCUUUCUCUCAAUGUUUCACUUGGCAUAUUUGGGUAUCAUGUUUGGAGGGGAUACAGAAGUUCAGGAGAAGGUAACUUUUUGUCUUAUCUUGUGGAACAUCAUCUUAGAUGGCCUUCACUACCCACCUCUGCCAGCUCAGCAAGUCUGGUCGAACAUAAACCUAGGGCAACCCAUCUUGUUCAACUCACUCAGGGUAAAAGGAUGUAUAUUAAUUAUUUUUAAUGAAGUUACAACUUACAGUAAGUAACAAGUCAUUGAUCACUGCAUGGAUUCACUAUCUGACCUGACAAAAGACUAGCACUUGAAAUGUCAUCUUCUCUAUCACCCGUCUCUACUGUGGCCAAUCUAAUCAACACAGUUGAUGCAAUGUAUCACUGGGCUUUGGUCUGAUCAUGAUAUUCAAAUGCAGUUGAACCUCCAUUAACCAGCUAUGGCCUCUAUUAAGUGGCCAGUAAUCAAAGUCCUGAUGAAGUAAUAUUGUAGAAAAGAAUGGGAAAUUAUACUUCCCCUUGUCGUCAACUCUAUCAAUUAAGUGGCCACCAAGCACUUGAUACACUGAUAUCCACUUGCAUUGGUUUGGCUUCAUUUCAAGAAUACGAUGAAGGAAAAAUAAUACAGUCCAAGAUAGAAGUUGACAAUGGAUUGUGGACCAGUAAUGCUUCUCCCAUUGUGUGCUUGUUUCAAAAUAAAGUGAUGUUCUUGCUAAAGAUUAUUCUAAUUAAUGACAAACCUCUACUGAACGGCCUAUCUCCACUGAGCGGCCACUUGCAGGCACUUGUACUCCGAAGGUGGCUGCUUAAUGCAAAUUCAACUGUACUUAUGCUAACUUUUUUACCCUACAUCCAAAAGAUGAGCCCCUACUAGCCCUUUUGUUCCCGAAAGCCAGUUUAUGUGGAGGCGUGAAAUUUAGUAAGCCAUUUCCGAGUUGCCCCAAGCCUCUGUUUCAAAGCAAGGCUAAGUGUGAAGCCAUUGACAUAAAAACUACUGUUAUUCUCAUUCAAAUAAAACUCAUUUUUACAGCAAAGGUUUUGCACUUAGCCUCGUUUUGAAAGUGAGAGUUUUUGGAACUCGGGAGUGGCCUAUUCUGAUUUUUUUUUUUACAUAAAAGAGACCCUAUGGCAUAUCCAUUAAUUUUAAUUGAAACCCCUCUUGUAGUACAUGUUUGUAUUUUCAAAUGCAUUACUGUAUUUGUUUUUCAGUUUCUUAAUAUGAUGUUGAAUCUGGGUUGUUUGAAAGUUUUAUUGUGGUUAACAUUAGCUUAAAUAAAGGGUUAAUGUUGGAAACCCAGCGAAGUAUGGUGUUUGAGGAGUGAGAGGGGAACUCAAGUCUAGUUUUAAUACAUGAGUAGAACAACAAAUUUAAGCCUUAAGUAAUAAGUAUUUUCUGGUACCAACAGUAAGAAGUUUACUGAUCACAAUCACAUGGAUGAGAGAUUCACAGAUGAAACUGACAAAAGACUUCUUUAAAAUUACCAAUGUACUUGCGGUUGGUGCAUUUUGUUUGUUAAAAUGGUGCAUGCCUUCACAUCAAAAUUUACAUACAAGCAAAAUUAUCCAUACUGCAGAGAAGGAGAGGGGGAGGGAGGGAGAGGCAGUAACUGUUGCUUUUUUUGCAAAAAUGAGACCCUUAAAAGAAAGCCUGUGAUGAGCCCUACAAGGUGAUAUUAAUAUUAUGGGAUAUGAUACUGCUGGGGAAAAUCUCAAUCUAAAUCUCGCACUAACCCUGGGUUAUCUUAACCCAGCUUUGAACAACUCGGCCCUGAUCUUAUCUACUAAUUCUCAUUUUUUUUCCCUUUACUUUCAUGGUUUAGGGUUAUGGAAUGAAGCAUACUCUCAGUAAAUGGUCGCACUUGGACUUUGCUAGUCACUGGGUGGCCUUAGCAACUUUCCUAUUUAGCACAAUAAUUUAGAUCAGAAUAAUGAUUUGGGCUUGAAGAUGGGAAAAAUUAAUUGUUAAUAAUGAAUUUAAACAUUCAUCAACUUAGCCUUUGUACAUCACCAUGACAUGAAAUUUAAAAUAUGUUGAUACCUUGUAAGUAAGCUCUCAACUAAGAGGUGAUUUGAAAAGAAACCUGUGCCAUU